GCGUCAUUCAAUGUCGUGGUCUUUGACAAUCUUCAGCAGCCCAACGGAUUCUAAGUUGAACCCACAGCCCGUUCACUGCAUUCAAUGUUGAACACACCUUCAUACCCCAACAACUAGAAACCUUCCUUUCGAGAACCGUGUCCCCCCUUCCUCAUCUUGACUUCCAGAGGUCGUUGCCAAUGCGGUCAUCAUCGGUCAUGAGAAUGGCCUCGGCCUCCGUGCCCAAGGGGAACGGCCUCCGUCCCGCGCCGAUGGCUCUGCUGCCACCCAUCCCGCUGUACCGCCGCCUCCUCCGCGCACACCGCAAGUACCUGCCCUCCGAGAUGCGGGUGCUUGGCGACGAGUACAUCAAGGCCGAGUUCCGCGCGCACCGCAACGUCGACAACCCAGCGCAUUUGAUUGGCUUCCUGACAGAGUGGCAAUUGUACGCUCAGAAGGUCGAGGGUGACGAAUGGCGUGGGGAGAAGAUCGACCCCGGCAAAGUCGCCAAGAUGAGUGACGAGCAGAUUGGGCAGUUGUACGAGUUGAUGAAGGCAAUUCGCGAGAGGCGCGAGCGGGGCGAGCAAGAAGAGGAGUCAUGAUGAUCCAUGAUGAUCCGAUAUGGAGUAUCGCCCAGAAGCCUUUGGUAUUGAGCCCAAACUAGGCACCCUGGACCAUCAUUGCUGAAGCAUUGAAGUUCAAGAUGGAGUGGUAGGCCAGACGAAAUUUGCCCAAGGGGUUAGAGGGACAUCUCGAGGGCAAAGUGUACAGUACAGAUGAGGAAGAUUGUCCGAUUACACAUGUACAAUUUCAUGAGUACGUCUAGCUAGAAUGUAAAAACCAUUAGAGCCAUCUAAACU